GAGCAAUCCGAGAGUGCGCGUGAAACUCGUGACACCGCGUAAUAACAAUGGAUUCAGCGAACAACUCUUCCGAUAUGCCUCCUUGUUUUCCUAAAAUAGAAAUGGACGCCGAGAGUGAUCGUGAAAAUAAGCGGGACAACAAAAUGAACUGGACAUCUGAAAACACAAGGAAACUAAUAGAAGUCUUAGAGAAAGAUUGUAAGGAACUGUGGGAUUCAAAACAUCCUUUGCAUAGGGAUCGUUGGGCACGUCAAACAAAGAAUGAGUAUUUGGCCAAUAUAUUUGGGACUACUCCUGAAGAAAUAAGUAGAAAGAUACACAACUUAAGGACACAGCUGAAUAAUGAAUUGAGGAAAAUUAAGCGGCGGCAAUCAGGGGGUGGGGAAGGGUCGGGCUCUGGGGGUAGUGGAUGGGAGUAUUUUGACGCCCUCUCUUUUCUAUUGCGUUCGUCGGGCGAUUCCAAAGACUUCUUUUGCACUAUGGGCGAGCCAGUUGAAGGAAUAGAAGGUGUAAAUCUUGAGUUAGCGGAAUUCCAAGCGAAUGAAGAGGAAGAAUUUGGUAUAGCAGCAAGGGCUCGUUCUUUAAUAUGCAAAAGCCCUCCGAAUAGAACAAGUCUGAGGGUGGCUGCUUCAGCACCACCCCCUGUGCCUCUUAGUGCACAUCCCAUGAUGUGGCACGAGGACGCUGUUCCUAAACUGAGACCAGGCUAUAACGCUGAUGAAUGUCAGAUAUUUGGUGACUUCGUAGCAUCUGAGCUUCGAAUGCUUCGUUCUGACGAAUCACGGAAAAGAUUAAAGCGGGUGAUACAAAAGGCAAUACUUCAGAUAGGCGAAGAGGAAGACAUGAAAGCGAAUAAUAAUAAUAGUAUACUCGAACGAUUGCAAUUCGUAACACCUGUUGAUAUCCCAGGACAAAGAGCUCGAGAACGUGAGAUUUUUUUGGCUCUGAACUCUGGACAUAUUGCUACGUUGUUAUCAAACAUCAUGGCGGAAAGAAAUGGCAUAUUUAUACCUAGGACACUGUACAAAAUGCGACUUGGACAAUUCCCGGACGGUCUCCAAACGCAACUCUGGAGAAGUUUGCGUGGAUGGCAGUCCUAUAUAGAUUGGUCCUAG